AUGUCGCGCAAUAUGUGCACCACAUUGGUGGUACCUUCGCGCUACAUCAUGCCGGCUACGCGUCUCAACAGGAUAGCCAGAUACAACGAGGGCGGCAUCAUGAACAACGACGAGAUGGACGCGGCGCUGAUGGUGUUUGUGAACUGCCUGGGGGCUGUGAUCAUGAUCUCGGUAGUGGGAUUCCACUACCUCACGGCCAAGCCCAAGGACGCAGAGCUUUAGGCGGAUAGAACACAAAGUUGAAGCAGGUAUGUGCAAUGUGCCUAUGCAAGAGCUAAUGACGCCAUACACCACCGACUCACACAUCAGCUACCCAUUUACCUUUCUUCCUGCUGGUACAGUUACGCCUCCUCGCUGGCAUAAAUGCAUGUCAUGCGUUGAUGAACCUGGACACUCUGCGUUAAGAGCACAGGGUUCGACUUGCGCAAGAAAUGGCAGGCUCUUCGACACGGGCAGCAACUGAGAUGGAGACUUGGGCAGAGAGGACUCAUCAUGAGGCAGUAUAGUUCGCUUUGUUAGCAUUUCAUCUGCAUGUAUUAACGUUGAAAGAUUUUUCUACACGUAUGCAUUAUACGCUGCCGAGUGCCUUCGCUUAUAGA